UCAAAUCGAUACAGCAUUCUUCAAAUCACCAUGCUGCUGCUGCUGCAGCAGCAGCAGGGCGUUGCAUCAGCCUCCAUCUCCUCUUAAACUUAUUGAUGCUCUCAAUUUGAUGGUCCCCGGAUUGCUAGACCUGCGCUGGUGCUGAGAAGGACCGAUUGCAUCUUAAAAAGGAUCCCUUGAGCUUCGAUGUAUAACCUUCAUUGUAUUAGCAGAUAUUAGAGAUGGCUAACAGAGGACCCAGCUAUGGCUUAAGCCGAGAAGUGCAGGAAAAGAUUGAACAGAAAUAUGACCCAGAAUUGGAGACCAGACUGGUGAACUGGAUUAUGACACAGUGCGGAGAAAAGAUAGAGCAGCCACCUCCUGGAAGGCAACAUUUUCAAAAAUGGUUGAUGGAUGGAACAUUGUUGUGCAAGUUAAUAAACAGUUUACAUCCAAAGGGAAAAGAGCCUAUUCCAAAGAUCUCCGAAUCAAAAAUGGCUUUCAAGCAGAUGGAGCAGAUAUCUCAGUUCUUAAAAGCUGCUGAAGUCUAUGGAGUUAGAACAACAGAUAUUUUCCAGACAGUGGAUUUGUGGGAAGGGAAGGACAUGGCUGCAGUACAGAGAACCUUAAUGGCUUUAGGCAGCCUGGCUGUCACCAAGGAUGAUGAAUGUUACAAAGGAGAUCCUUCCUGGUUUCACAGGAAAGCGCAGCAGAACCGGCGGGGAUUUUCAGAAGAGCAGCUCCGUCAGGGACAGAACGUAAUAGGACUUCAAAUGGGUAGCAACAAAGGAGCAUCACAAUCUGGCAUGACGGGCUAUGGAAUGCCACGGCAGAUCAUAUGAAUGGAUCUCUGUAGAGAAAACAUGCAUUCUGCAGCAUGGUCUGAUUAGAAAAACCUAGCUAGUUCCCUUUCAGCCUCAAACCUGAUUUUUUUUUUUUUUUUUUUUUAAAUAAUUAGUGCUCUUUAAGAUUUUUUUUUUCUUUUUUGCAGCUGCAACUUUUUCUCAGAUAAGAACGUGGAUCUGUGUGUCGUUGGGUCCCAGUUCAAACUGCGCACUGCUGCCAUCUGCUUUUCACUUCCAAACUAUGCAAAGACUAUUUUUCUGUAUUUAUUUAUUUGCAAACUGUUACCUUCUGUAUUACAAAGCUCUAGCUCUCAACAAGUAACCUCGUCCUUCUAUUCAGUUAUGAUAUUGUUAAAAUAAAGCUAAAUUAAAAAAAACUC